AUCUUAGAAGUUACAACAUAUUUCCUGUUUAUCAGAAGUCACACUCUCUUCCUCCACAUAGAGAAGAAAAAAAAAAGAGAGAGAGAGAAUGGAACUAACGCAAAUGAGUGUAUUGGAAGAGCUUCUUGCUCAGAGAAGAACAGAGAACAGCAUUUGGGCAAAUACCAGCAACCUCGUCAACAAUGGCGGAUUCACCACCACCGAUCAAUUCUUCACGAACUCCUGUAACUUCGAUUACUAUUGCUUCAACGACGACGACGCUACCAUCCAUUCCUCUUCCCUCAUGGAUCUCAUCUCUCCGCCUCUCCCGCCGCCGCUGCUGCAUCAGCCGCCGCCGUCUCCUCCGCCGCCGCAAGUUUCCGGCUUUGACUACCAUCUUCUCGAAGCUUUGCAAGAGAUGAUGGAGUCGACUUCGUCUUCGCCUCCGUUGAUCCUCGCGCAGGCUCAUCAAGAAGAGAACAACAACGUCAUCAACAACAGCACGACGUAUUCGUCGCCAUUGAUGGAGGAGAGCAGGAGCUUCAGUGUCGGGUACUGCGGAGGAGGAGAGACGAACAAGAAGAACAGCAAGAGCAAGAAGCUCGAGGGACAACCUUCGAAGAAUCUAAUGGCGGAGAGGCGGAGGAGGAAGAGAUUGAACGACCGACUCUCCAUGCUCCGAUCCAUUGUCCCCAAGAUCAGCAAGAUGGACAGGACAUCAAUCUUGGGAGAUGCCAUAGAUUACAUGAAGGAGCUUUUGGACAAGAUAAACAAGUUGCAGGAAGAGGAACAAGAGCUUGGCAGUUCUCAUGAUGAUGAUUCCAAGCUCUUCGCUGAUCUCAAUGCCCUCAAUGCAAACGAAUCUAUGGUCAGAAACUCCCCAAAGUUUGAGGUAGAAAGGAGGGAAACAAAUACAAGAGUUGAUAUAUGCUGCUCGCCCAAACCAGGGUUGAUUCUUUCAACAGUUAAUACAUUGGAAAAUAUGGGCUUGGAGAUUCAACACUGCGUUAUAAGUUGCUUCGGUGAUUUCUCAAUGCAGGCUUCUUGCUCCGAGGUUGCCGAGGAGAGGGAUUUGAUGAGAUCGGAGGAUGUAAAGCAAGCGUUGUUCAGGAAUGCAGGAUACGGAGGAAGAUGCUUGUAGAAGUUUUUUUUGUUGUUGUUGUCGUCCUCAUGAAAACAAUAAAAUAAUAAAAAUAAAAUUUUCCUUUUUUAAAAAAUUUUUGUGAAUUCUUAAAAAAAUUUGGAGAGAGGAUUAUAUUUUGGCCGUUGUAAUAAUUA